AAUUCCCGAAAUAACACAAUUGUUGGCGUCCGUGCCACCAUCCCGCGGUCCUCCGAGGUCCCUCCCGACCGGGAAUCCGAAGGGAGCAGCGGUCGCAGGCGCCCCGAUACCCGAGCGUUUCGAGGAGCGAUUUUUUUUUUUUCCUUUUUCGGGGGGGAAAAGUGUGCUCACAGACAGUGGAAAUGAGCAGCAGCGAGUGCUUCAAGUGCGGCCGCAACGGCCACUGGGCCCGUGACUGCCCCUCCGGUGGGGGGCGCGGACGUGUGGGCAGGAGCCGUGGCCGGGGAGGGUUCACGUCGGCGAGAGACAUCUGCUAUCGCUGUGGAGAGCCAGGCCAUGUUGCCAAGGACUGUGAACGUCAGGAGGAUGACGGUUUUUGGCAUUACACAUCAGAGCAUACUUCUUUUCCAGCAUGCUACAACUGUGGCAAAGGCGGUCAUAUUGCAAAGGACUGCAAGGAGCCGAAAAAGGAGAGAGAGCAGCACUGCUACAACUGUGGCAAACCAGGCCAUCUGGCCCGUGACUGUGAUCACGCAGAUGAGCAGAAGUGCUACUCUUGUGGAGAGUUUGGUCACAUUCAGAAAGACUGCACCAAAGUGAAGUGCUACAGGUGUGGUGAAACCGGUCAUGUUGCCAUUAACUGCAGCAAGACGAGCGAAGUCAACUGCUACCGCUGUGGCGAGUCUGGGCACCUGGCAAGAGAAUGCACCAUCGAGGCCACAGCUUAAUCCUUUUCCUUUGUCGCCCCUCCUUUUUCUGAUUGAUGGUUGUAUUAUUUUCUCUGAAUCCUCUUCACUGGCCCAAGGUUGGCAGAUAGAGGCUAGUCCCAGGCCAGUGAGCUUUACUUGACAUGUAAAAGGAGGAAAGGGGUGGAACAAAAUCGACUUUCUGCAUUUAAUACAAAAAAAAUGUUUAUGUUUAGUUUGGUAGAGGUGUUAUGUAUAAUGCUUUGUUAAAGAACCCCCUUUCCAUGCCACUGGUGAAUAGGGAUUAAUGAGUGGGAAGAGACGAGUCAGGAAAGCCCUCUCCGGGUUCUUCGAAGCGAUCCUGAGUGAGGGGGGAAAAUGAAAUCGUGGAAGCCUGAGUACUUCCAUGUAUGAUUUAAUUUUUUGGGUGGAAAAAUGUUGGCCUAAAGGUGUUUGACCUCGGAAGCAGUACACAACAUGAUACAUCAGUCUCGGGGCCCUACCAGCAGUACAGCUAAGUGGGAGAUAACUGAAAAGAAAUGUUAAGAAACCUGUUUAAUUUCUGCAUAUUAUUAAAAGAAAAAAUCAGUUCUAAUUGUUUUGUACGAACAAGCCGCAUGCAGCUACAGCAUCGGCGUCGGAGACACAUUAGGUCAAAGUUAGUCUCAGAUUUUCAAAGUAGUCAUUUAACCCACAGUGGAGAAAAAAAAACUUCAAGAACAGUUGAAAGCAGAAUUUGAAGUAACUCGAGUAAGAAGAAUGUUUUCACAGAAAUCAAAAUGUUAUUUUUGUACAAUAUAUCACUUAGACUACUGUAAAAAUCAUUUGCUUGUACUCGGUUUUUAAGUCGGAAGGUAAACGCAACUGAAGUCCUAGAACAUAGAAAUGUAAUUUUAAACUAUCAAUAAAGCUGGAGGAGGAAGGGGAGAAAGACUGAA